AAAGUUCUUUGGCCGAGAAAAAAUUAUAUAUCCGUGGGAGAAAACAAGAACUUUCCAAGAACUUAGUUGGUGGGUUGUUCUUCAAACUAGAAGCCGAUAGCAUUGCUUGAAGGAUUAUAAUAUAUUGUUUAGAAUAUUGUUGUUUAUAUUAUCAACAAACCUGGAGUGGAGAGAAGGGAAAGUGAACCCAUUUUUUAGCAGAAUAACAGCAAGGUUGAGGCCUAAAACUAUGCCAUUGAAUAUAGUUCAUGAGAAAGAUGGAUUGCCGAGAAUUAUCUUGACUGAGCCAGCUGGGUCAUCUGCUGAGGUGCUUUUGUAUGGCGGGCAGGUUGUUUCUUGGAAGAACGAACGAAGGGAAGAACUUCUUUUUUUAAGCAGCAAGGCAUUUUGGAAACCACCUAAAGCCAUCAGGGGAGGCAUACCUGUCUGCUUUCCACAGUUUGGAAAUCUUGGUUUACUUGAGCAACAUGGAUUUGCAAGGAACAGAAUGUGGUCAUUGGAUGAUGACCCUUCUCCUUUGCCUCCAGUUAACAACCAGUCAUCAGUCGAUCUGAUAUUGAAGUCAACAGAAGAGGAUCUGAAGACCUGGCCACGUGGCUUUGAGUUGCGUCUUCGUAUUUCCCUAAGUGCUGGCAAGCUGACUUUGAUCCCGCGUGUGAGAAAUGUGGACAGCAAGGCCUUAUCCUUCACAUUUUCACUUCGUAAUUACUUAUCUGUAUCAGACAUCAGUGAAGUGCGUGUUGAGGGCUUGGAGACACUUGAUUACCUUGAUAAUCUGAUGCAUAGAGACAGGUUCACAGAGCAGGCAGAUGCUAUAACCUUUGAUGGCGAGAUUGAUAGAGUGUAUUUGAGCACCCCAACAAAGAUUGCCAUUAUAGACCAUGAGAAGAAGAGAACCUUUGAACUGCGGAAAGAUGGCAUGCCAGACUCAGUUGUAUGGAAUCCUUGGGACAAGAAGGCCAAGUCUCUGCCAGAUUUGGGGGAUGAGGAUUAUAAAACCAUGUUAUGUGUGGAUUCUGCUGCAAUUGAAACUCCAAUCAUCUUGAAACCCUUUGAAGAGUGGAAGGGUCGUCAAGAACUCUCUACUGUGUCAUCGAGUUAUUGCAGUGGGCAGUUGGAUCCACGGAGGGUUCUUCAUGGCUUUCACUGAGCUAAUAUCCUCGGAGACUAGACGGAAGAUUCCUUGUAAUUUACAAGUUUUCUUAUUUCAUAUAACUACAUGCAUACAUACUGCUUGUCCAUGUAUCAUCUAUGAUUUGGUAUCUAAGCUAGCUGUGUGUAGUAGCUUGCAACAUCAUUUGAAGUUUUACAGGGUUAAGCAACAUAAAUAUUAACAGUGUUGCCCCAAUUAUCUGUAUUGAAACAUUGUUGUAUGAAUUAGUUUCCAGAAAGAAAACUUUUAGUUCUGAA